UCAUGUCGCACCGCUAGGUGGCCAAUCAGAGCGAGCGGUGCACAGUCGACCUCCAAUAUCCACCCUGCCACGUACAUAGAUGUCAGAACUGUGCGGUGGGGUACCGGUGGCCGUAAAGCCCAGGUACGGGAAUAACCACAGGUAGCCUCUGUCGUCAUUCUCACAGCUGAUCCAAGGCCUGAGGAGCAGUUAUAUGUCGGGAAUGAAAAUCAUGGAGGAAGAGGAGAAUCCUGAAGAGGCGGACCUGGGAGUUGAAGACGAGGAUUGGUACCAAAAUGAUCUACAGCUUGCGGCUGAGUUGGGGAAAACCUUGUUAGAGAGGAACAAAGAACUAGAGGGAGCGCUAAGACAGGCACAACAGAUCACUGAAGACCAGGCGCUCGAAAUAGAGUAUCUGGCCCGCCAGCUGGAGGAGCUGCGCGAACUGAGCGAGUCGCGGGCUCGCCUCGCCGAGCAGCUGGAUGGGAACUGUCAGGAGUUGGAACGGACCAAUCAGCGGGCAGAACGGGAAAAGGAGGCUUUGCAGCAGAGAAUAGACAAGCUUUGUGAGGAUAUCCAGUCACUAGAACAGCGAUGCGAGGAACAACAGGCAAACAUCGACGAGCUGAAACAGCAGGAGCGCCUGCGCAGAAAGAGGGAGCGGAGGAAACAGACGAACAGCACGCCGAGCUCGCUGGAGGUGGUGUGGCUCCGGGCGGCAAAUGUGGGAGAGUUCAGACGUGCCAACAGUCUAGACAACACCUACUCCAGUGUGUUCCUGGCCAACAACCCGUACGAAUCGGAGAUCAAGGCGCUGCAAGACCAGGUCAAGACGGCACAGGCACAGCAGAAUUUUGAGAAGAGGAAGCGAGACGAGCUGGAGAUGGAAGUGUCCGUGUUGAUACAUGAGAACCAGACCCUGGAGAAGCGCGCCCAGGAGCUGGAGAUGGACGCCCUCCGGACCAAGGAGCUCGAGGAUGAGCUGAGGGAGAUGCAGGACAUGCAGGGAAACGUCUGCCUUAGAUGUAUGAAAACAUUACGUAACGAGAGAAGACCGCGGAGUAAAAGUGGCGAGAGUUUAUCAAGUUUAUCAGAGUUCAAACACAGAAUCCAUCAGGACAUAGAGGAGGACAGCGUUGAACUUGACACGGCAGGAGCCAAUGGAGGGGUGGUGAACGGGGACUUGGACAGUGACGAUAAAGGGUUUAGCACUGCUUCUUCGGACCUCUCGCUCAAGCGCAGCGAGUCGGACGAGAUGAUGCAGCACCCUCCCAAGUCGGGGGUGUCGCUGUUGACGGAGAUAGACGCACAGUACCACGCCAUGAAGCAGAAGUACGAAACCCUCCUGUCCAAACUGUUGCCCACAGAACUACAGCCCGAUCACGAGCAGUCACCGUAUCUGAGACGCAGACUCAAAUCAGAAGCGUCGGCUGUAGAGAGGUCUAAAAGCAGAGACCAGCUGCACCUCCUGAUUAGCAAGGCGGUGCAGACGUCACAACCCGUGUCCAGAAAGACGUCAGACGAAAACGCUGCCACAGAAAGUAGCCCACCGCCGGAAUAUAAGUCUUUAUUCAAAGAAAUUUUCAUGACCUUGAGAAAGAGUAAGUUUGAAGAGUCGUAGAGAGGAGUGAUAACAAUUGACAGAAUUAAGAGUUUUGUCUGAUAAAUCUGGCUGUUGAGUGAUCAUCUUAAAUAUACUGACUUUUGAUGGUGCCGCUCUUAACAACUAGUGACAAAACCGGACGUAAAGCGGGUGCAAUAAAUGCCAAUACUUAAUGCCACUAAGUAUGAACUAUUGGACAAUGUGUAUAAAUUCUUCGAUUACUUUCUUAGAUGCAAUCGAAUGGAAAUUCUCUUUGGGAAAAAGUGAAAAGAGAGUAGGAAUAUUUGAACAGAGAACUGUAUGGAGAAUGGUAUAGUUGAAAGUGGCAGGAGUACAAUGUCAAUGGACGGUGCGGGAUUGAGUAGUUGGUGAGGAUAAUGUGAUGGAGAAGCAGGUAGAGGUGAAGGAAAGAGGCGGGCGAUCGAUGGAAAAGGGAAAGUAAACUUGACGUGAUCUUGACGUCAGAGUUGGCACUUAAGAAAGAAAAACGUCGGUUUGAUGAAAGUUUAAUGGUAAUUCAUCCCUUUCUUGUUGGGGGUCGAUUUAGGACUGUUUACAGAUGGAUCGACUGGUAGCACUUGGUGGCAUGCACACACACAAGCAGUUCAGAGGGAGAAUUCCGAUAACUAUUUUCUUACGAUUCUUCACGUACAUAUGGUAAGAUACUACUGUAGUGAUAUGUAUUUAACGUUAACUGUGCGGUAUUUGCGGAGAUAGAUAUUCUUGUAGAACAGUUCUAGACUAUUAGGUUUACAAAGAGUAUAGCCGUAUAGCAGAGAAACGUUUAGUACUUUCACGGAGAAGGCAUGUCUGAGCCGCAACACCCCUCAGGGACAGAGGAAAGUGGAUCUUCAUCACAAACGCAAUGCAAUUACCAUUGACCAGACCUUUGUAAUUGAUCAAAUUUGCCCGGCGACAAAAAGCAUUCUCUUGUAAAAUUGCAAAUGAACUCAAUAUGAGCUUGGAAUUCAUCCAAACAUCGUGAAAUCACCUCGUUGCAACUGUGAAGUCAUAAAUUCUAACUUGGAAAGUGAAAAUGCAGUGAUUUAAAUGCUAUAUUUUAGUCGUCCUAUCCGUCUAAAAGAAGGAUUGAGACAAUAACAGCCCAUAAGGGUAAUACUAGUUAUAUUGAUUACGGAAGGCGCCAUUUCUGUGAAAGGUCAACCAGUAACGCUAACGGUUGAUUGUCCCCAUGUAUAAAUAUAGCGGACGCUAUCGAUUACUGUAUUGAGUAGGAGUAACACAGGCUAACAUAAUGGUAUUGCCGGUGUGACCAAAUAACAAAGAAUAAGCUUUAUUUGUUCUCUCCCUAUAUAUAUGUAUACAAAAUUAUUUGCAUAUAUGACAGCAGUACAGAUUGUUACAAUGUUUCUGAAAUGUUAUUUUGUACGUAUGUUUAUAACUUUGUGACACACCAAUUAAGUAUUUUAUUGUCUUUCCUGAAGGUUGUAUGGAGUGGUUAUACCCAGCUAAUUUAAUUUGUCCUUUGCAUAUCUGAUAUGGCAAGGGAUAAAUGAAUCCAUUAAGCUAAGUGCUGUGUGGAUAAUUGGAUAUGCACCACUUUAUUGUGGAAAGGUUCAUUCCUGACUGUAUAUUGUGUAUAUUGUGUAUACAAUUUCACUGUGAAAUAAUUUUAUUAGCUCAUUUCUUGUCAAUUGUAAUGUUGUGUCUUCUAAGAUUUUGUUGCAAAUGUUUUCUGAGUACAAUAUUCAUGGAAUUUAUCUGGUGCUGUCUGUACUCUUUAAUAUCUGUGUUUUCCAUUGUCAGACAUGUAUUGUUGUAGCACGUUACAUUUGUAAGUUUUUAUAAGACGAAUUAGUUGUGUAUUAUAGACUUAACCAGAGAAUGAUUGGUUGCCAAUGAAAUGUUUUUCACGGUUGCACCAUGACCUCAUAGAUAAACAAUGACUGUAAACUUUGACCUCAAA